CGGAGUCCGGGCAUUCUGGCAGCACAGGAGUUGGGCAGCAGAGACUGGCUGGGCUGGCACUCACCCACGACCCCCCUUCCCUGCCAUGGUGGUCCACCAGUAGCAGAUUCCAGACCACCCCAACCCCCCCGGGACCUUUGGGCAGACCCAGCGACAGCCAGGUGCGCAAAGCCACAAGAGCUCUAGCGCAAACUGGGGGCAGCUCUGCCUGCUGUGUUCUCUUAUGCUUGUGGAGAUGCCCAACUGACAGGAGAGCGAGCGAAGAAAAGAACGCUCCCUCUUGACCCACGCCUGCUGCAGCCAUGGCACUGCGGGUCAGUCUGUUGCCCCUGUGCUGCUUGGCACUUUUGGCAUUACCUGCCCAGAGCUGUGGGCCGGGCCGGGGACCUGUUGGCAGGCGCCGCUACGUGCGCAAGCAGCUUGUGCCUCUGCUGUACAAGCAAUUUGUGCCCAGCGUGCCAGAGCGGACCCUGGGCGCCAGCGGGCCGGCGGAGGGAAAGGUGGCGAGGGGCUCUGAGCGCUUUCGGGACCUCGUGCCCAACUACAACCCCGACAUCAUCUUCAAGGAUGAGGAGAACAGUGGCGCUGACCGCCUGAUGACGGAGCGUUGUAAGGAGCGGGUGAACGCGCUGGCCAUUGCAGUGAUGAACAUGUGGCCUGGAGUGCGCCUACGAGUGACUGAGGGCUGGGAUGAGGACGGCCACCACGCUCAGGAUUCACUCCACUACGAAGGCCGUGCCUUGGACAUCACCACCUCUGACCGCGACCGCAAUAAGUAUGGUUUGCUGGCACGCCUGGCAGUGGAAGCCGGCUUCGACUGGGUCUACUACGAGUCCCGCAACCAUGUCCACGUGUCUGUCAAAGCUGAUAACUCACUGGCUGUCCGGGCCGGCGGCUGCUUUCCGGGAAAUGCCACCGUGCGCCUGCGGAGCGGCGAGCGGAAGGGGCUGCGGGAACUGCACGGCGGAGACUGGGUGCUGGCAGCGGACGCCACAGGCCGGGUGGUGCCCACGCCGGUGCUGCUCUUCCUGGACCGGGAUUUGCAGCGCCGGGCCUCGUUUGUGGCUGUGGAGACCGAGAGGCCUCCGCGCAAACUGUUGCUUACGCCCUGGCACCUAGUGUUCGCUGCUCGAGGGCCAGCUCCGGAACCCGGCGACUUUGCACCGGUGUUCGCGCGCCGAUUACGCGCUGGGGAUUCAGUGCUGGCUCCUGGCGGGGACGCUCUUCGGCCGGCGCGCGUGGCCCGCGUAGCGCGAGAGGAAGCUGUGGGCGUGUUCGCCCCACUUACUGCUCACGGGACCCUGCUAGUCAACGACGUCCUGGCCUCUUGCUACGCUGUUUUGGAGAGUCACCAGUGGGCUCACCGCGCCUUUGCUCCCUUGCGCCUGCUGCACGCGCUGGGGGCGCUGCUCCCCGGUGGUGCAGUCCAGCCGACUGGCAUGCACUGGUACUCGCGCCUCCUCUAUCGCUUGGCAGAGGAGCUGCUGGGCUGAAUGCCCCAGACAUAGAAACCUUGAUACGCUUGAUGAAACCCAAUCGUGCUGGCUGAGAUGUGGGGAUGUGGGCACAGGCGAUGCAGAUUGGGAGGGUGGGAGGGUAAGGGAGAAAGGGGGCUAUAUGGAAACUGCCUGCUUUAAGGUCAACAUUCAACAGAAAGGAGGUGAUCUUUGGUCCUCGGUAGGUGGGGUUGAUGGUGGCACCCUUAAUGAGGACUGCUUAGCCUCUUCUUCCCCAGUGCCUUAGCCCCACCCGAUAAUUUUAUUUUAUUUACUAUUUAUAAAUUGUAAUAUAAGGAUCUGCUUGCCCAGCCAGCCAAGAUGAGGCUGCCGUCGGGGCUACAACAUAGCUUUAACAUUGUCUGACACAGCUAGCCAAAUCUGACGUCCCUCAUUUUUUCUGCAGAUGGGCUAAUAAAGGGAAGACUUUUAGGAGCUUAUUGGAAAA